AUGGGGACCGUUGUGGCCAAACUAUUCCUGCCUACGCUCAGCAGCCUGGCCUUUCUGCCCACGGUCAGCGUGGCCGCCAAGAGGCGCUUCCACAUGGAGGCCAUGGUCUAUCUCUUCAGCAUGUUCUUUGUGGCGCUCUACCACGCCUGCGAUGGCCCGGGCCUGUCUGUGCUGUGUUUUAUGCGCCGAGACAUCCUGGAGUACUUCAGCAUCUACGGGACGGCACUAAGCAUGUGGGUCUCUCUCAUGGCACUGGCAGAAUUUGACGAACCCCAGAGGUCAACGUUCGUGAUGCUGGGUGUCCUGACCAUCGCUGUGAGGACGUACCAUGACCGCUGGGGUUAUGGAGUGUACUCGGGCCCUGUGGGCACAGCCGUCCUCAUCAUUGCUGUAAAGUGGCUGCAGAAGAUGAAGGAGAAGAAGGGUCUGUACCCCGACAAGAGCAUCUACACCCAGCAGAUAGGCCCUGGCUUCUGCUUUGGGGCACUGGCCAUGAUGUUGCGCUUCUUUUUUGAGGAAUGGGACUACACCUACGUCCACAGCUUCUACCACUGCGCCCUGGCCAUGUCCUUUGUCCUGCUGCUGCCCAAGGUCAACAAGAAGGCUGGAAAUGCAGGGGCUCCAGCCAAGCUGAACGUCUCCACACUGUGCUGCACCUGCAUCUGA